CCGCGGACGCGCGCCCAGUGACGUCAGAGCGGCAGCGGAGAGACAGAGCCGGGAGAUAGCGGGAGGGAUACACCGAAAGCGACAGACUGACGGACGGACGGUGAGAAGCGGCGCUACACCUACCGGGAACUACUCCCUGCCGCCCUCCAGCCGGUUCUAGGAAACAAACCCACCUCCUCCUUCCCCCCCUCCCUUAUCAACCGCCGGGAAAAAGGACCCGGGACCCCUCCGCCCCGCUCCCGCCGGACCCGGGACCCCCCGAGCAGUCAUGGGCUGCACCCUGAGCGCGGAGGAGAGAGCUGCGCUGGAGAGAAGCAAACAGAUCGAGAAGAAUCUGAAGGAGGACGGGAUCAGCGCGGCCAAGGAUGUGAAGCUGCUGCUGCUGGGGGCCGGGGAAUCUGGGAAGAGCACCAUUGUGAAGCAGAUGAAAAUUAUCCACGAAGAUGGCUUCUCAGGGGAAGAUGUCAAGCAGUACAAGCCUGUGGUUUAUAGUAACACUAUCCAAUCCCUGGCAGCCAUUGUUCGUGCCAUGGAUACCUUGGGUAUAGAGUAUGGUGAUAAGGAGCGAAGGGCUGAUGCCAAGAUGGUCUGUGAUGUAGUGAGUCGCAUGGAAGACACAGAACCUUUCUCUCCUGAGCUCCUUUCAGCCAUGAUGAGACUGUGGGCAGAUUCUGGAAUCCAGGAGUGCUUCAACCGAUCCAGGGAAUAUCAACUAAACGACUCUGCUAAAUACUACCUAGACAGCUUAGAUCGGAUCGGGGCACCAGACUACCAACCUACAGAGCAAGACAUUCUGCGAACCAGAGUGAAGACCACUGGCAUUGUAGAAACCCACUUCACCUUCAAAAACCUUCACUUCAGGCUGUUUGAUGUCGGGGGACAGCGAUCAGAACGGAAGAAGUGGAUUCACUGUUUUGAAGAUGUGACAGCGAUCAUCUUUUGUGUGGCCCUGAGUGGGUACGAUCAGGUUCUUCAUGAAGAUGAGACUACGAACCGAAUGCACGAGUCGCUAAUGCUCUUUGACUCCAUUUGUAACAACAAGUUCUUCAUUGACACAUCGAUCAUCCUCUUCCUCAACAAGAAGGACCUGUUUGCUGAGAAGAUCAAGAAAUCCCCUCUGACUAUCUGCUUCCCAGAGUACACAGGUCCCAACACAUAUGAUGAUGCAGCCGCUUACAUUCAAGCACAAUUUGAGAGCAAGAACCGCUCACCUAACAAGGAGAUCUACUGCCACAUGACCUGCGCUACAGAUACAAAUAAUAUCCAGGUGGUAUUUGAUGCCGUCACUGAUAUCAUCAUUGCCAACAACCUCAGAGGCUGCGGCUUGUACUGAUUCCUCUGUAUAGCAAUUUAUCUGCUGGUGAAACGAAAAUAAAUGCAAGUUGGUUUAACUGAGAAGGCAACAUGACAAAUAUAUAUAUAAAUAUAUAUAUAUAUUAAACCAAUCUUUUUAGUUUGUCUCAAAGAGCUGUGAACAGAACGGAUCUCCUGGCAGCUCUGCACACCCUGUCCCCUACAAAGAAGAGUCUUUGUAAGACUCUUAAGGGCCCACAAAAAAAAAACUUUGUUGCUUCUGAGAGAGUUUGAGUUGCAAUUUCAGCCUCUCUCCAGAACUGAUGAAGUUUGAAGGAGAUCAUUGAUAAAAGAAGUUCAUCUAUUUUAAUCCUUUUUGAAGGAUUUGUGUGUUGCUGUAAGGUCACACCUCCGGUAAAUAAAACAUCACAGGUAUAUCCUUUCUGUUCAGCUCUUGGAUAACAAAACAGCAAAAGUAAAAAAAUAAAUAAAAUAAAAAAAAUCAAGAUUUUUCAAACCAGGUAGAAGUGUUUGUGACACUUGCAGGACAGUGCGCUCAGCUUUUUUUUGUGUGGGUGCUGUAACUGUAUGAGGGUCUGUGAGAGAUCAGGGAUUGCCCUUCUAGUCUGUACAAAGCAAAGUAGCGGGCCCCUAUUUGUCUUGAAAAGGUUUCAGUGCCAACCCAAACUGCGGAGUAGGGGGGAACCAUCUGCAAUUAUCAAGUGGGGAACAUACCCCACCAUCCCUCCUUUUUCCGCUCUGCUCUACGGACCCUCAAAUUGACGUUCUGCUGGUAGCAUGACCUUUGGCCUUUGUAAAAAAAAAAUAUAUAUAUACAAAAAAACACAGCCUUCCUUAAAGUUGAUGUGUAAUGUUAUCACCGAAUUAGUGGCUGCAUAGGAUGCUGUAAAUCUGGUUUAGCUAAGUCUGUACAUUUAGAAACUAAACUGUUCUUUUUUCCCACGUGCUUGUAGCUUUAUGACACCUUCCUUAUAUUAUUGAUACCACGUUUUUUUUUUUCUUGCACCAAUUGUAAAGAGGCAUCUUUUUAAUUCUCUACGACCCCUUCACUGCCAGAGAGGUCUGCUCAGCCUCCAGCAAAGAAUGGGAUCAUGGAAUCCAUGUUGUUUUGGGUGAAUUGGGUUAAUUUCUGUUGGACUUUGAAGCCCCACAUAGAAAAAAUAAUUAAAGCUAUACCUGAAUAAUGAAGAACUUUCUGGGGGAAUAGAAAUGUACAGAUUUGAUAUCUGUGAAAGUUUCCUUGCUCUGGACUGUGUACCAUGCACUCUCUGGGUUUGUAUAGAAAAAGCACAGCUCUCACUAAACCUCCAGCUGCCGAAAUAGGGAUUUUUGCUCUCAAUUCCAUGUAUAACAAAUAGGCUUCUUUACUUUAAGUCUCCUUUAUGUUCCCAAGUGAAUGCUUAGUGCUGCUUCUCUCGCCCCUUCUCCUAUUAUCUCCUCCCUCCUCCUUUUUAGUGAAUGGUGUUUUCCUCUCAUGUGGGAUGUUUGUGCUGCGAAAAAAAAAAUGGAAAAAAAAGUGGAAAAAACAAAAAAACAAAAAAAAAACUAAUUUAAUCGAAUGUAGUGUUUACAUUAAAUCCACAGUUUUCAUGACCAAACCUUUGUCAUUUCUACUUUGAUUAGAAGUCAGACUUCUUCACCAUUUCACUUGCGAACUGAAGAAGAGCGGUCACAAAUGUUAAAGAAAAAACAAAAAAAAACAUUGAAAAAAAAAAACUUAAAUGAUUCAAUAAAUGAGCGAGAAAUGAAGCUGGAGUGUGUUCUUUGUAUUGCCGAGCGCUCAGUUUGGUGCUGCCAGCCACUCUCGUAAACUAAUGGAAACUCGUAUGUAGCUUAAUAAAGAGAAUGUUUGUCUGUA